AUGGCCGAAGGUUUAGCGACUAUUGCUGCCGAGGGGAUACUGAAAAAGGUGUUGUCUAUUGCUGCGGGUGAACUCGCCAUUGCCUGGGGUUACGAGGAAAAGCUGGCCAGCCUCCACAGAACAUUGGACCUGAUUCGUGCCAAGUUGCACGAUGCGGAUAGACAAAAGGGAACAGAUGCUGUCAUGGUGUGGCUGAAGCAGCUAAAAGUUGUUGUGGGGGAAGCUGAUGAUGUGUUGGACGAGGUUCAUUACGAAAUGUUGAGGCGUCAGAUAAAGAAACGAGAUCGGUUGUCAAGAAUGGUGCCUUCUCUUUCAAGCUUGAAAGGGCUUUCAUUUCGUAAUGAAAUAGGUCAUAAAAUCGAAAACAUUAAUAAGAAGUUGCUGGAGAUCGAUACACGAGCAAACAGUUUAGGACUACAAGUUGAACACUCUGCUGGCCCUGUUCCAGAUUGUCUCUAUUGGAGGGAGACUGUUCCAAAUCCAGAAGAAUUUAAAAUUGUUGGGAGGGAUGAUGAUAAACUACAUAUCAUUGAGCUUUUAACCGAGUCAAAAAAAGAAGAAAAACUUACGAUUCUUCCCAUUGUGGGAAUGGGCGGGAUGGGGAAGACAACUUUGGCUAAGUUGGUCUACAAUGAUAAAAAGAUUGAGAAGCAUUUUAAUGUUAAAGCAUGGUUGUGUGUGUCGGUUAAGGUUGACAUACACACACUUCUCGCAAAGAUCUAUGAAUCCUUCUCUGGAAGGAAACCUACGUCAAACCUCAAGGUCAAUUUAAUUAAAAGUCUUGAAGAGAAGUUGGCAUCAAAAAGAUAUUUUCUCGUCUUGGAUGAUGUUUGGGAUGAAGAAGGGCAAUAUUGGGAAGAGUUUAGGAAGGAUAUGCUCUAUGUAAAUUCACAAAAUGGUAGUGGCAUUCUUGUUACUACCCGGAAACAUGACAUCGGAACUCCUGGCAUGCAGAUGGAUUCAUGUCCUUUAAAAGGUCUUUCUGAUAAUCAUUGUUGGGACAUCUUUAGAGCAAGAGCGAUGCCUUCACCAGAACUGGAGGAGAUAGGCCGCGAGAUUGCAAAAAAGUGUGGUGGUUUACCAUUGCUAUUAAAUUUGAUUGGUGGCAUGUUGACAAAUAACAAUAACAGAGGGAAGUGGUUGGCCAUCAAAAAUAGCAAACUUUGGGAUCUACAAGAUAAAACGCAGAGAGUUCAAAAGAGUUUGGAACUGAGCUUUGAUAAUCUUCCCAAUUCUAUGGUCAAGCAAUGCUUUGCAUACUGUUCCAUCUUUGAGAAAGAUACACUCAUUGAAAGGGAAGAACUGAUCCAACUUUGGAUGGCUCUAGGGUUGAUUCAAGCGGACGAGGAAAGAGAAGUGGAAAUGGAGGAUGUGGGAAAUGAUAUUUUCCAAAUAUUGGUAAACAAUUCGUUGUUCCAAGAUGUUGAAAGUGAUAAGUAUGGUUACAUCACUGGUUGUAAAAUGCAUGAUCUGGUGCAUGAUCUUUUGUUAUCACUUUCCAAACUUGAAAGCAAAUGUGUGGUGGGUGUGACGAAUGAUGAUCAUAUUUCUCCUGAGGUUAAACAUCUUGCUUUUUACCAAAAACGAAACAAGGAUUAUAAAUUCGAAGCCAAUGUUUUUAUGUCAAUUGAAAAGGAUAUGGUGGCUAGCACAUUGAAUACAUUGUUCUUCAAUGGUGGAGUUGAAAACAAUGUUUCAUUUCAACGAUUCAAGAGCCUGCGUAUCCUGAAACUCGAAAGAUGUAUAAUAGAGGAGAUAGAUGAUUCAAUUGGAGAGUUGGUGCAUCUCAGGUAUCUUGAUUUGUCAUAUACCAAUAUCAGUGUUCUUCCGGAAUCUAUUGGUAAGUUAUACCACUUGCAAACUCUAAAGUUGCAAAAUUGCCAUGGUCUCAAGAAGUUUCCAGAAUCCAUGAGAAAUUUGAUAAGCCUGAGAUAUUGUAGGUCUGAAAAAAGCAUUCCCAACAAUAUUGUGCGACAAUUGACUUCUCUUCGAACACUGGUGCCUAAUUACGUGGGCGUGCUAAGAAAUGACCUAGGCCGGUUAAAACACCUCAGUGGAAAGCUCUGUAUUUCGAAUAUAGAAAAUUUUAGUAGCAAAGCGGAUGCAGUCAUGGCAGAUUUAUCUGGAAAAAGAAAUUUAAACGAGAUUGAAUUCAACUGGGGUGGCAAUGAAGGUGCCAACAGAAACGACAAGGAGGUAUUUGAAGGCUUGCAACCCCCUGGAGCUGUGAAAAUAUUGACAAUUAGAAGAUUUCCUGGUGAUAAUUUUCCGGAAUGGGUAAUGAAGAUGGCAAUCAAUAUUGAUGGGAAUGAGACACCCCUUGACAAGCUCGUUUCGAUCAAAUUAGAUGGAUGUAGGAGCUGCCUCUCUCUUCCGAAGCUUGAGCACCUACCACAUCUUCGGAGUCUUUUUUUAUGGAAUAUGGACAGCUUGAGAUGCUUAAGGAGUUCCAAUGUAAUUACCAGAUCACGGAAGCCUUUGUCUCCGUCGUUGAGAUCGCUCCAACUAUAUAAUAUGGAAAGACUGGAAAAGUGGAUAGAUGGAGCACCCAACAGCUCAAAAACGAUAUCGCCUGUCCUCGAGAAGUUGGAAAUCAAUGAUUGCCCGAAUAUUAUUCACUUAGAUGAAUGCCAUCCCCAUCCUCUUGUUUCCUUAGAGAUUAGUGACUGCAAUGGUCUGGUGUCCAUUAAGAGCAUACAAGGACUUACUUCUCUUGAAUCUUUAUCUAUCUGGAGGUGCCCUAGUCUAUUAGAAAUAGCCAAUUUGCCCAACGAGUGUCAUUCUUUGAAGACUUUGGAAAUAACCCAUUGCGACAAACUGACUUCCUUGCCUUGCGAAAUGUUUGACAGUUUUGCCUUCUUAAAUGACUUGUCACUUGGUCCGUUCUCGAAGGAGCUGGAUUCUUUCCCGAGUCUCCAAGGCAUCCAGAAGUUGAGGAACCACCUUCACUCGUUAACAAUGUACGGUGAGGAUCAUUGGGAGUCAGUGCCAGAAGAAAUACAACACCUCACUUCACUGACUAAGUUAACCUUAAUAAGAUUCGGAAUGCGAGAACUGCCCAUGUGGUUAACCGAUAUGUCAUCUCUCCGACGUUUGAGGUUCUAUGGUUGUAAGGGGCUAAAUAAAGAAACAGUUACACGGGGAGCGCCGCAGGAAGCAACUGUUGUCUUCUCACUUUCUCCUCCCUUGUGA